UUUAGGAUCCCCUCCUUUCCCCUCUCCUCCUAAUUCCAAGGGAAAGAGUUCAAAGGUGUCUUCAUAGACACUCCUGCUCUUUCCCAUCCCUACCUCACAGAUGCAGUAAGCAGUCUCAGGUGAGAGAUGGCAGGCUCUGGUGAGCGCAAAGGCAAGAAGGAUGACAAUGGCAUCGGCACGGCCAUUGAUUUCGUGCUCUCCAAUGCCCGGCUGGUGCUGGGGGUGGGCGGAGCAGCCAUGCUGGGCAUCGCCACACUGGCAGUUAAGCGGAUGUACGACAGGGCGAUCAGUGCCCCUACCAGCCCCACCCGCCUGAGCCAUUCAGGGAAGAGGAGCUGGGAGGAACCGAACUGGAUGGGCUCGCCCCGACUGCUGAAUAAAGAAAUGAAGACAGGCCUGAGCCGGUCCCUGCAGACCCUUCCCACAGACUCCUCAGCCUUUGACGCAGAUACAUUCUGCCCGCCCCGGCCCAAGCCGUUGGCCAGGAAGGGCCAGGUAGACUUGAAGAAGUCACGGCUCCGCAUGUCCCUGCAGGAGAAACUUCUUACUUACUACCGGAACCGGGCGGCCAUCCCUGCUGGCGAGCAGGCUCGGGCCAAGCAAGCUGCCGUGGACAUAUGUGCCGAGCUCCGGAGCUUCCUGCGGGCCAAGUUGCCGGACAUGCCGCUCCGGGACAUGUACCUGAGUGGCAGCCUCUAUGACGACCUGCAGGUGGUGACAGCUGACCACAUCCAACUUAUCGUGCCCCUGGUGCUGGAGCAGAACCUGUGGUCGUGUAUCCCUGGUGAGGACACCAUCAUGAAUGUCCCCGGCUUCUGCCUGGUUCGCCGUGAGAACCCGGAGUAUUUUCCUCGUGGUAGCAGCUACUGGGACCGCUGCGUAGUAGGCGGCUACCUUUCCCCCAAGACGGUGGCAGACACAUUUGAGAAGGUAGUGGCUGGCUCCAUCAACUGGCCAGCCAUAGGGUCCCUCUUGGACUACGUGAUCCGACCGGCACCACCCCCAGAAGCCCUGACUUUGGAAGUGCAGUAUGAGCGCGACAAGCAUCUCGUCAUCGACUUCCUGCCGUCGGUGACCCUCGGCGACACCGUCUUGGUAGCCAGACCACACCGGCUGGCCCAGUAUGACAACCUAUGGCGGCUGAGCCUGCGGCCCGCAGAGACGGCACGCCUGCGGGCUCUGGACCAGGCCGACUCGGGCUGCCGAUCUCUGUGCCUCAAGAUCCUCAAGGCCAUAUGCAAGUCCACUCCGGCUCUGGGCCACCUCACUGCCAGCCAGCUCACCAACGUCAUCCUCCACUUGGCCCAGGAGGAGGCUGACUGGUCUCCAGAUAUGUUGGCCGACCGAUUCUUGCAGGCCUUGAGGGGACUCAUCAGCUACCUAGAGGCCGGAGUCCUGCCCAGUGCCCUGAACCCCAAGGUGAACUUGUUUGCAGAGCUCACUCCUGAAGAAAUAGAUGAAUUGGGAUAUACUCUCUAUUGCUCCUUGUCUGAGCCGGAGGUGCUGCUGCACACGUAGGGCAGGUGAAGGCCAAAGUGGACGUCAGGCGGUCAGACCCUGGCUUCUCCGUUAGAAACACGUGGCUGCACAGCUGGUGCCUCACAGGGUCCCUAGGUGCCUCCUAUCUUGCUGGUCAUCGCCCCGGUCACUUCAUGCUGAUUAGAAUGCCAUCUCUUUGCCUCUUUUCUCACCCAGCCCUUUCUAUUUUUGUUACCAAACACUGUGCUCCUGCUCCUCCCCGCCCCCUUGCUCCAGGCUGACUUUUCUGGAAUGAAUUGAGAAGGUGAAGCACUGGCCUGACCUGAGCUGCUGUUUUGCAGUUUGGCCCAGGUUUUCUGCUCCUGUCUGCCCUUUGGCCU